GUGCAGCUCCGUGUGCCCGGGAUCAAAGCUCACCCAGCUCCUCUCUCCCCAGCAAUGCGGGGUCAUCUCUGAACACACCAAGAAGAUGUGCACCAGGUCCCUGCGGUGCCCACAGCACACGGAUGAGCAGAGGAGGUCCGUCCGGAUUUACCUCCUCGGUCCUUCAGCGUCCCUGCCUGAGGCUGAGAGCAGCGUGGAGAACGACGGCUUUGAUGUGGCUGAGAGCCAGGCCAUCAUGAGCCGGCUGCAGUGGGACGGCGCCUCCGACAUCUCCCCCUCGGAUUCGGCCUCUUCCAAAGCCAGUACCAACAACUCCGAGUCCCGGAAGACCAAGAAGAAGAAGCCCCACCUGGGGUUGGUGAGCGGCACCCCGGGGUUGGGCUCCAGCAAGAAGAAGAAGCCCAAACCCCCCGCCCCCCACACCCCCAGCAUCUAUGAUGACAUCAACUGAGCAUCGCGGGGUGGAUGGACAGACAGACAGACAGAGACAGAUGGACGUGGGGUACCUGGGGCUGGAGGAUGCAGGACUCGGCCGUUGCUGG